GCCAAGCCCUCUCCAGGACGACCUCACACCGCGUUCUUACAGUACAUUGGCUUUCCUAAGGUCUCAGGAACCCAGAUGAGACUUUGUCUUGUAUGGAGCCCCUCAGAGACUGUCAUGUGACAAUGAAGAGGCAGCAGCGGGGGUCUCAGCAUCUCUGUGAUCAGUACAAAACCAGAGCUCCUUCAUCUCCUGCUCAUCUGCUUCCCCAGGCACAGCCUCAGCACCUUUCCUCUGUAUCCAGUCCAUUCAGGAGGAGGACACCCUAUAUGACUAGAUGCUGCUCUGUCUUGCUGAUGGGAGUCCUGUAGCAUCUUCUGCUGGAUGAACUCUGUUCCUGUCUCAGUCUCAUGCUUUGGGAAGUGUAAAGAGCCUGAUCCUCAUAGCUGCCUGGCUAGUGCUAACUUCAGCAUCCCGUCUUCUUGAGAGGACUGACAAGACAUCCUGACCUGGAGCUGAUACAUAUCAAAUGUUUAUCAUAUUCACAUUUAUGCCUGUAAUGUGAGAUAUUAUACCAAUUUAGCCAACAAGAAUAACUGUAACUACUGAAGAUAGAAGCAUGCCUCGUCCAGGGAAGAACUCCUACAGUGACCAGAAGCCACCAUAUUCUUAUAUUUCUUUGACUGCAAUGGCUAUCCAGAGCUCCACAGAGAAAAUGCUACCUCUCAGUGACAUUUAUAAAUUUAUUAUGGACAGGUUCCCCUACUACAGAGAUAACACUCAAAGGUGGCAGAACUCAUUGAGACACAACUUGUCCUUCAACGACUGUUUUAUCAAGAUCCCAAGGAGACCUGACCAGCCAGGAAAGGGGAGCUUCUGGGCUCUGCACCCUGACUGUGGGGACAUGUUUGAAAAUGGAAGCUUCUUAAGGAGGAGAAAGAGGUUUAAGGUACACAGGGCAGAACACUUAGCUUCGAAAAAUCACCAGAUGAUUCAUUAUUUCCAUCACCAACACAACCAAACUAAACUUAGCAUCCCAACUUCUGAUGGCCCUGCUGUAGCUGGAAUUGGAAGACUCCCUCACUUCCAGCCAUACAACCAGUCCACCGGAUUUAAGCACCCAUUUGCGAUAGAGAACAUUAUUGGCAGAGAUUAUAAAGGAGUGAUGACUAGUGGUCUUCCUUUAGCGUCUAUGAUGCAUCACUUGGGAUAUCCUGUACCCAGUCAGCUUAGCAACAUGGUCAGCUCUAUGUGGCCACAUGUUGGCAUGAUGGACUCUAUGACAGGCAUGGCAGUGUCACAAGAGUAUGGACAUUUCGGAGUACCCAUGAAGACACUAUGCCAUGCCCCUAGUCAGACUAUUCCUGCUGUGCCUGUGCCUAUUAAGCCAACAGCAUCUCUCCCACCGGUAUCUGCUAUUCCAAGCCUGACUGUAAAUCCUUCUAGUAUGUGCUCCCCAAGCACACAGGGGGCAGUGGCAACCUCACUCCUGGAGCAGUCGCCAGGUAGCCAUUCCGACAGCAAGACUGGUAUGCUGCACUCAGUACUUGUCCACUCCUAAGAUAGACUGACCCCCAUGAUCCAGAAACACACUGCAAUAGAUAUAUAUAUAUAUAUCACUAUAACACCAUAUGGGGAAGUAAAUAAUUUAUUACAGAAUUAUGACAUUUAUCUGUAUUUUUUUUUGUAUGUAGAGCUUUUAACUUACUGUACGACUGAGCUAAUAGAAAUUGUCCAAGCACUUCAAUUGUUCCUAUAUGACAUAAUAUAACUUAAUGUGGUCUUUCCACAACCGAUCCAGAUCAGAUUCAGUUCAGACAAUAAUCGUACACGAAAUAAAACAAGGUUCCUGCUGGGACAAGUACAGGACUGUAUGCUUCAUGGGGAAGUGAGCACUAUAUUGUACACUGUAGACGUAUAGGUGCAGUAAUGUAAACUACAAUAUGUCAUGUCACUUAUCUUAUUGAUGCAUUGUAUACUUGUCUGAAGCAAACAUCUC